AUGGAUAACUUGAAGAAUCAGAUUAUAAGACAAGUCGGGGAUGUGGCGGAAAAGGUAUUUUCUACACACAUCAUAGAAAUUCAAAAGCCUAGUAUUGAAAGACCUUUCGGAAUUCAUUUGUGGCCCAUAUUCUCAGCAGUCUUCGAAAGCAUAGCGGGUUAUCCUGCUGACGAUUUCCGUUUUGUAAAGCAUGAAACGUUUAUGGCGAACGGAAAACAUGCCAUUGGGAUGAUAUUGGGGUACUAUGUUGUAAUUUUCGGUACUCAAGCGAUUUUAAGAGCUACUAAUGCUCGUCCUUUGAAAUUGAGCCUUUUGUUCCAGCUGCAUAAUUUGAUCUUGACAGGGGUUUCACUUGUUUUGUUGGUACUUUUGGUGGAACAAAUUGUGCCAAUGGUGUACCACCAUGGUAUUUUUUGGGCGAUUUGUGCAAAGGGAGCUUUCGCUCCAAAGUUGGUGACGUUGUACUACUUGAAUUACUUGACCAAGUACUUGGAGUUAUUUGACACUGUAUUUUUGAUUUUGAAAAGGAAGAAGCUUCUGUUUUUACACACAUACCAUCAUAGUGCUACAGCGUUGCUAUGUUACACGCAAUUAACUGGAAGAACUUCUGUGGAAUGGGUGCCUAUUACGUUGAACUUGGCUGUGCAUGUUGUUAUGUAUUGGUACUACUUCUUGUCGGCACGCGGAAUCCGGGUUUGGUGGAAGGAAUGGGUGACCAGAUUCCAAAUAAUCCAAUUUUUGGUUGAUUUGUGUUUUGUCUACUUCGCAACAUAUACGUAUUAUGCUGACAAAUACUUUGACGGGAUCCUACCCCACAAAGGUACCUGUUACGGUACCCAAUCUGCAGCUGCCUAUGGUUACCUAAUCCUAACCUCAUACUUGUUCUUGUUUAUUUCGUUCUACAUUCAAUCUUAUAGGAAGUCUCCAAUCAAGAAGAAGGAAGCUGCUCCAAUUUCGGACAUUGCUACUUCCAGCGCCAAAACCACAGGUGCCAAGGUACGUGUUGUAAAGACUACUUCAAGAAAGGUUUGA